UUCAAGUAAUCUUUAAAAGUCACCCUCCUUUAUUCCUAUUCUCUAUGCAUUAGGGUUUGCCGAUUGCAUUUCCCCCCCUAAUUUUCAACUUGUUUUCGCCCAUCGCUUUUAUUUACUUUAGUUUUAAUGUAUUCGUCCAGAGGGACGAAUGCCUACGGGCAGCAGUCCUACGUUGGCCAAUCCGGAUACUCCCAAAAUUUGGGUGCUGCUGAUUAUUCUGGUAGUUCUGUUGGAGGACCUGAUGGCAGAGCUCAAAUGUCAUUAUCUUCUCGCCAUUCAUCAAUUUUAGGUAGUUCUCAAGAUGCAGAAGUUGGUGGAUACAGAGCCCUUCCCUCAGUUUCAGCUCAUUACGGGGGUCAGUAUAGCUCUAUAUAUGGCACAGCUGCUUUAAGUGCUACUCAGCAGGUUCCAGCUGCAAGUUCCAAAGGGGCUGGAGCAUCAGCUUUGGAAACUCGUAAUGCUUAUGCCUCAACUCUGCAAGAUUCACCAAAAUUUGCAUCUACUGGCUAUAUUUCAUCAUCAAGUCACGGUUAUAAUCACAAAGGUGAUCAAAUGUAUGCCGAUAAGAUUCCUGACUAUCCUACUGUGGAGAGAAGACAAUUUGAAGAACGAAAGGGUGGUUAUCUGGGGAGGGAUUUGCCUAGUGAGCCAACUGGAAGAUAUUCUGAUUCUAUUUUUGGUCAUCAGCAUCAGCCUGACAUAUAUGAUCGUCUUGAUCAAGCUGUCUUACUUCGACAAGAGCAAUUGCUCAAAUCUCAAUCAGUCUCCCAUGAUAGUAGUUCAAGACAAGCUGAUUAUCUUGCAGCAAGGAGUGCUGCUACUCGUCAUUCCACCCAAGAUCUUUUGUCUUAUGGAGGAAGAUUAGAUGCUGAUCCUUGCAUUUCAUCAUUGAUGAGCUCUUCUUCUUAUGGUGGACAAACCCCUUCGAUAUUAGGGGCAGCUCCAAGGAGAAAUGUCGAGGAUCUCAUGUAUCCGCCUAGCUCUGCAAAUCCUGGUUAUGGUGUGAGCUUACCACCUGGUAGAGAUUAUGGAACAAAGGGGCUUCAUGUCACAACCCUUGAGUCUGAAUAUCCUGGUAGUACAUUAUCACGCAGCGGUCAUCCUAGGAUUGAUGAACGCAAGGACGACAGGGCUGGUUACCUUAGGGAAUUUGAGAUGAGAGAGGAGGAACGUCGUCGUGAUCAUUUGCGUGAAAGAGAGAAAGGCAGAGAGCGGGAACGAGAGCGGGAACGAGAGCGUGAACGACUACGAGAACGGGAACGAGAACGUUUGCGCAUCUUGGAGCGGCGGGAGAAGGAAAGAGAGCGGGAGAAGGAGAGAGAACGAGAGCGCAAGCGUGCACUUGACGUUCAGCGUGAAAGAACUCCGCCAAGAGUUUCUAGGGAUCACCGUGGUCCAUCUUUGACAAAAGAGGCUCGACCUUUGAGGCGAGAAUCCCCACGUCGUGAAGUUUCGCAUAGGCGUCUUUCACCUGUUAAAGAAAAAAGGAGAAAUUAUAUAUGCAAGGUAUAUUCAUCCAACUUGACAGAUGUAGAGAGAGGCUAUUUAUCAAUUGAUAAGCAAUGUCCAAGACUUUUUGUGUCUCCUGAAUUUUCAAAGGUUGUUAUAAACUGGCCAAAGGAGAAUCUUAAGCUCUCCAUGCAUACUCAUGUCAGUUUAGUUUCUGUUGAGUGGAGCAGCUUUGAGCAUGAUUUCAUUGAAGAUAGUUUAGCUGAAUCAAAAGAACUUUCCAGCAAGCUUGUGCCUGCUGAACCAGAAAAGCUUGAACAGGGAAGCACAGUGUGGAAUGCGAAGAUGGUUUUGAUGAGUGGAUUAAGCAGGAGUGAUUUGGAAGAGCUGUCAUCUGAAAAAGUCCCUGAUGACGACCGCAUACCUCAUAUUUGCAAUAUUCUAAGGUUUGCUGUUCUUAAAAAGGACCAUUCUUUCAUGGCAAUUGGUGGGCCUUGUGUUUAUGCUGAUGGAAGCAAUCCUACUGGUGAUGAGUUCUCUCUAAUUCAAACGGCCCUUAGGUAUGCAAAGGAAGUUGUUAAUCUUGAUUUGAAGAAAUGUCAGAAUUGGAAUCCUUUCCUUGAGAUACAUUACGACAGAAUUGGCAAGGAUGGGCUGUUUAGCCAUAAAGAGGUCACGGUACUGUUUGUUCCAGAUUUAUCUGAAUGUCUCCCUUCACUUUAUACAUGGCGAGCCCAAUGGUUAGCUCACAGAAAAGCUGUUUCCGAGAGGGAGCGCCAGCUGUGUUUGAAAAGAGAGAAAUCAAAGGAGAGGAAGGAAGGAUCAAAAGACAAGGAAGCAGAUUAUACAAAACAAACUGAAAAAGGAAAAUCUGGGAAAAAAAUUCAGUCUGUGUCAUCUAGUUAUGGAGUUGUUGCUAACAAAAAGGAGAAAGAUGGAAAAUCUAUUGAAGGAGGUGCUGCUGAAGGAAAGGUUACUGGGGGUGAAAAUAAAGUUCAGGUGAAGGAUGGCUGUGAAAUAACUGUUGAAGGAGGUCCUGAGAAAAAAGAAAGUGGAGAAGCUCCUGUUGCUGCUGCUGCUGCUGCUGCUGCUAAGACAGGUGCUGUGAAGUCUGUGAAGAAAAAGAUUAUAAAGAGGAUUGUCAAACAGAAAGUUGCAACUAAGACAGCUGUGGAAGUAAAUACUGCUAGCAAACAGAGCAACAAGGUUGAUGAAGAUGUUGGAGAGCAGAACACUAUAUCAGAGACUACCGGUCAACAGGAAGAAUCAUCUGCUGCUAGUGCCGGGAUGAAAACUUUUGUACGGGAAAAAAUUACAAAAAAGGAAGCUGCUGGUAAAAAUGAUCAGAGUGAAGAUAAUGGUGUUCCCCCUGAGGCAAAAGUGGACGUAGAAACAGGAUGCUCUGAAGAUAAGCCAAAGGAUAAUUCAGAUGCGACUUCUGCAGCUGUAGAGAAUGCCAAUGUGAAAACAACUAUAAAGAAGAAAAUUAUUAAGAGGGUGCCUAAAAGAAAGGUUCCUCCUACACAAGCUAAGGGCGAAGUAGCUGAAAUUAAGAAUGAAGGUGGUGAGGAUGACAAAAAGGUGCUUCAGGGUGGUGACGAGACCUCAAAUUCAGAAAAACUAAGUAUUGCUGCAAGUUCAAGUAAAUCAGAAAUCAAGGCUGACAAGGAGAAUAAAAAGGAUGCAAAGUUAACUAAUGUGGAGUCACUGAGUGACAAGAAAAAGGUUAACACGAAGGAUACUUGUGAUGUUAAGGGGGGGCAAUUGAAGGAGGUGGGAAAACCAAAAGAUAAAGAUUUUAAAGAUGAAUCCCAGAGUAAUUCUAGCAAAGAAUCAAAAGAAAGGAGGAAGCCUGAAGAACCUUCUCUGAAGCAUCCUGGAUUGAUUCUACAAACAAAGUGGAGCAAGGAUUCUAAAUUGCGACCAAUGUCCCUUUCACUGGAUUCACUUUUGGAUUAUACUGAUAAGGACAUUGAAGAAUCCACAUUUGAGCUUUCAUUAUUUGCAGAGGUGAUGUAUGAAAUGCUUCAGUAUCAAAUGGGUUGCCGUAUUUUAACAUUUCUCCAGAAACUGCGAGUGAGAUUUAUGAGCAAAAGAAAUCAGCGCAAGAGACAACGGGAAGAAAUCCAUGAUAAGGAAACCAAGAACAAGUCACCAAUGAAAAAAUCAAAAGGCAGUGAGCUCCCUGUGAAGGAAAAUGAAUCUGCUAAGGCAGACGCAUUAAGUGCAGCUCAGCAGGACGUUAAAAUGACUGUGACCAAGGAAGAAAUUACUGCUGAUCAUGUUGAGGAGCCAAAGAAGACAGCGACAGAAAAUAUUGCUGAUCAUGUUGAGGAGCCAAACAUAAAAGAUGAAAUAGACGAAGAUUCGGAGGAAGAUCCUGAAGAAUAUGAAGAAAUGGAUGAUACAAAUCAACAACCCAAAUCCUCUAAUGAGAAAAAUGAAGAGAAGGCACGAACAGAUGCUAAGCCUGACAAGGAGGUUGAGAAGAGUGAAGCUGCAGCAUCCACCAAAUCAGAAUUCGCCACAAAAGCUGCUAGUACGGAGCCUGGGCCUGAGGGAGAUGUGUCUAGAAAGGAGGAGCAGAAAGUUGAUCCUAAGAAGGUGUAUGCUACCGAUAAGGAUUUGUUGCAGGCUUUCAGGUUUUUUGACCGGAAUCGAGUUGGCUAUAUUAGGGUGGAAGACAUGAGAUUGAUUAUCCACAGUUUGGGGAAGUUUCUUUCUCAUAGGGAUGUCAAAGAACUAGUGCAAAGUGCACUUUUAGAGAGCAACACAGGAAGGGAUGACCACAUUCUGUAUGACAAACUGGUUCGAAUGUCUGACAUAUGAAAUUGUUUUGGGCAUGACUGAUAUAAUAUGUUAUAUAAUCUGCUUUGCAUCUAUUGGUAAACAGCCAUUAAAGGGUGUGAUUCCUAGGAGCUCAAGUCUGAGUCUCAGAUAUUUGAAU